CUCAUGGAACUUAUUGCCACAGAGAGAUGGAAAAACCAGAAAGCAUGGAAAUAUGGAAAUGCUUGGAGAACUUUGUGAGGGGGUGAUCUGUUGGGGCUCAUAGAAACAAUAGUCCACUGGCAACUUCUGACUUGUGAAGGUUCAAGAUUUUAUGCUGCCAUAAGUUGUUGUUAUAGUCCUAGGUGGCUGUUCCUUACAUUUGCUGAAUAUUAUUAGAAUUUUUCUUGAAUAUAUAAUGCUGGUCCCUACCAAAGGUCAGCUUCUGAGUUAAAUAUAUCCUGUGUUAACUCUCUGUUGCAAAGCAACUGAAGGACUAUGUUCUUCUAUUGAGGAAUUUGAGUUUGUGUGAUCUCAUAUCUAAAUGUUUUCUGGAGGCAAGGGCCAUGGUCCUAAGUCAUGAAAACUGUAAAGUUUUCUGAUAGCAAAAACAUCAGGAUGGGAGUCUUAGGUGAAUCAAUAGGUUCAGUAGUGUUUAAUCAUAGAGUUUAGAAGUAUAUGCAGUUCUGUUCAUCUGUCAAUCAAUGCUUAACAGAAAAAAGACCACAUAUUAAAUAGUAACUAUUGUAAAGAAUAAAGCAUGGUUUCCCAAGGAAAUAUUAAUACAAUUUAGUUGAUUUAAUUGGCACUUUUCUCUCUGUGAAAUAAAACUAGACUGCUCUUAGGCAGUAAAGUGGGAGACUUGAUUCAAAAAAAGCAGACUCCCUGUUUUGUAAUGGAUGAUUUGGGGAGACAGGAGGAAGGAGAGAGAGCGAGGGUGGACAUUCUUACUAGAAAAACAUUCUCUAGAUGAUUGAAAUAUACACUGGGACAGGAAGUAUUAGUAUCUCAUUUUGUUUCUUCCACUCACUGGUGAAUUUGCACGUGUAUAUUUAACAUCCGGUUUGUUUUUUUAUUUUUUUGUGCCAACUCUGCCAUAGAUCUGCCCUAGCAGACAGUCUAGUAACGUCUUGCCAUUUCGAAAAACGCUUUCAGCGGCGGUGCUAUGCCGGUGGCCAAAUCUUAACGCGAAAAGUAGCAUGGCCAAGCUUGAACUCCAGCCAUGUCCGUCCGUGCCCGGCAUCCCCAUGGCCGCGCCGGCUGUGAGGGGCUGCGCGGGCCGGACAGGUCCGUCAGCGUGGAGCUGGACAGGUCCCUCAGCACUGGCCGGACAGGUCCGUCAGCGUGGAGCUGGACAGGUCCCUCAGCACUGGCCGGACGGGUCCCUCAGCGUUGGCCGGACGGGUCCAUCAGCGCGGGCCGGACCGGUCCCUCAGCACUGGCCGGACGGGUCCCUCAGCGCGGGCCGGACGGGUCCCUCAGCGCGGGCCGGGCGGGUCCCUCAGCGCUGGCCGGACGCGCUCCUGCCCCCGCACUGCCGCCAGAGGGCGCCGCGAACGCGGCUCCUGCGCUCUGCGGGGCCAGAGCGGGGUCGGUGAGGGGCUUGGAGCGGGAGCGAGCAGGAGCGGAGCCGGAGAGGAGCGGGAGUGGGGCCUGGAGCGGGGCAGGAGCGCAGCCCGGAACGGGGAGAGAGCGGGGCCUGGAAUGGAGCCAGGAGCGGGGCCGCUGACGCUCCCGGGGAGCGAAACACGAUCACUUGCGUGCCUGCAGAACUAUCACCAACAGCCAGUGCCAAAUACUUCCAUAUAACUACACCACCGUAACUUCAGUUCUUUCCAUUGUCAAAAGCAUUGAAAUGGAGAAGUUCCUGAAGUUCUUCAGUUACCUCAAUCGUCUCAACUGCUAUCAACACAUCAUGCUGUUUGGCUGUAGUCUCGCUCUUCCUGAAUGCAUCAGUGACAGUGAUGACAGUCGAGGCCUCUUGCCCUGCAGAACAUUUUGUGAGGCAGCAAAAGAAGGCUGUGAACCAGUCCUGGGUAUGGUAAAUGCUUCUUGGCCAGACUUCUUGAAGUGCUCUCAAUUCCAAAACAAAACUGAGAAUGACACCACUACAAGGGUAUGCUUCUCACCACACCAAGAAAAAGGAAAGCAGUCACUGUGUGGAGGAGACGAGAGUUUUUUGUGUGCCAGUGGGAUCUGCAUCCCAGGGAAACUGCAGUGUAAUGGCUACAAUGACUGUGAUGAUUGGAGUGAUGAGGUCCAUUGUAACUGCAGUAAUGAUGUAUUUCGUUGUGACACGGGAAAAUGCCUCAAUUAUACCUUUGUUUGUGAUGGAUAUGAUGACUGUGGAGACCUUAGUGAUGAACAAAAUUGUGAUUGUAAUCCAGUGACACAUCACCAGUGUGGAGAGGGGAGAUGUAUAACAGCUGAUUGGGUAUGUGAUGGUGACCAUGACUGUAUAGACAAAUCAGAUGAGAUCAAUUGCUCAUGUCACAGUCAGGGUCUGGUGGAGUGCAGAAAUGGGCAGUGCAUUCCUAGUGCAUUCCAGUGUGAUGGAGAUAAUGAUUGUAAAGAUGGAAGUGAUGAAGAAAACUGCAGUGACAAUCAAACCCUCUGUCAGGACGGAGACCAGAGAUGCUCUUUCUGCCCUGAUCCCUGUGGAGCUUCCCCCUGUGAGAUAAGAAACAGCCAGGCAAACUGCAGUCUGUGUGAACCAAUUACUCUGGAACUUUGUAUGAACUUGCCUUACAACUAUACUUAUUACCCAAACUACCUGGGCCACAGGACACAGAAGGAAGCCUCUAUCAGCUGGGAGUCUUCCCUUUUCCCAGCUUUGGUUCAGACCAACUGCUACAAGUACCUGAUGUUUUUUGCCUGUACAAUCUUAGUACCAAAAUGUGACCCCCAUACAAAUCAGCGGAUCCCACCUUGCAGGACAUUAUGUGUACAGUCUAAGGAGCGCUGUGAGGCUGUGCUUGGGAUUGUAGGUCUGCAGUGGCCAGAAGAUACAGACUGCACCCAGUUUCCAGAUGAGAACUCGGACAAUCAAACUUGUCUAACACCAGAUGAAGAUGUAGAAGAAUGCUCGCCCAGUCACUUCAAGUGCCGUUCUGGGAGGUGUGUCCUGGCGUCCAGGAGAUGUGAUGGUCAAGCUGACUGUGAGGAUGACAGUGAUGAGGAUGGCUGUGGUUGUAGAGAAAGGGGUCUUUGGGAGUGUCCUUUGAAGAAACUGUGCAUCAAACACACUAUGAUCUGUGAUGGUUUCCCAGACUGCCCUGACAUGAUGGAUGAAAAGAAUUGCUCAUUUUGUGAAGAGAGUGAGCUUGAAUGUGCCAACCAUGAAUGUGUGCCACGUGAACUCUGGUGUGAUGGGCAGGCAGACUGUAGUGACAGUUCAGAUGAAUGGGACUGUGUUACACUGUCUAAAAACACAAAUUCCUUGAUGCUCCUGACUGUUCACAGAUCAGCUGCUGCUAACCAUGUCUGUGCUGAUGAGUGGCAAGAAAACUUAAGCCAACUGGCCUGCAAUCAGAUGGGUUUAGGAGGACCAUCCAAAACAGAAAUUGUAAUAGACAACGACCAAAUGCAGGACCAAAAAUGGCUGAAUCUGCACUCAGACUGGAAGAAUAAAAAUGCAUCCACUUUACAUGCACUUCUAGUGAAUGGGCAGACGUGCCAAAGCAGAAGCAAAGUUGCUCUCUUUUGCACUAAAGAAGACUGCGGCCGCCGCCCCGCUGCCCGCAUGAGCAAGAGGAUCCUCGGCGGCAGGACCAGCCGGCCGGGCCGCUGGCCCUGGCAGUGCUCCCUGCAGAGCGAGCCCAGCGGACACAUCUGCGGCUGCGUUCUCAUCGCCAAGAGAUGGGUCCUGACAGUAGCGCACUGCUUUGAAGGGAGAGAAAAUGCAGCUGUUUGGAAAGUAGUGCUUGGGAUUAGCAAUCUUGAUCAUCCAUCAAGUUUCAUGCAGACCCGACUGGUGAGGACCAUCAUCCUCCACCCACGCUACAACAGAGCAGUUGUAGACUACGAUAUCAGCAUCGUGGAACUAGAUGAGGACAUCAACGAGACAAGCUAUGUGAGACCUGUCUGCCUGCCCAGCAAAGACCAGCUGGUUCAGCCAGACACCUACUGCUACAUCACAGGCUGGGGACAUAUGGGCAACAAAAUGCCCUUCAAGCUUCAGGAAGGAGAGGUUCGCAUAAUUUCCUUAGAACAAUGCCAGUCAUAUUUUGACAUGAAAAUCAUCACCAGCAGGAUGCUGUGUGCUGGCUAUGAAUCUGGCACCGUGGACUCUUGCAUGGGUGACAGUGGAGGACCACUUGUGUGUGAGCAUACUGCAGGGCGCUGGACCUUGUUUGGUUUAACAUCUUGGGGCUCAGUCUGCUUUUCCAAGGUUUUGGGACCUGGAGUUUACAGUAAUGUGUCACAUUUUAUUGAGUGGAUUGAAAGACAAAUAUACAUCCACACCUUUCUGCUAAACUAACUCCAGAUGGUAAGAAUUGUGCUGACAGACUAAAGAAAAAAGGAAUCCGCCCUUCAACGCUGAAGGUUUUGCAGUCCAGAAACUCUGUGAAAAGCAGUUUCAAGCUCUAUCUAUUCAUGGUGUGGAGCUAUGGAAUAUGCAGCGUAUGUUACCGGUAAAUCCUCUGCUCAUGAAUAUACUUUGUGGUGGAAUUAAUAAUCCUUUUGACUUUUCUUUUAACUGUGUUGUGGUGCUAUUCCAAACACUGCAAAAAGCUUAAAAGAAAAGAAUCAACCACCUUCUGCCUUUCAGCUAUUAAAACUAAGCAGUAGCACAGACUAGAAAAACUUUUUAAAAUAACCUAUUUUAAUACUAUUAAAUUAGUAGCACAUGCAUUUUCACUCCUUCCAAUGAGGAAGGAACUUUGUGCAUUCAUAUGGCACUACAGGACAUACAUUCAAAAGGACAGCUCUUGACAGGGCCAUACCACAUGCUGGAGGGUGUGGGUUUGUACAUCCAUGUGGCACAGGACACAUCAAAGCACAUGUGCAGGUCUCCAAAGGUGUUACCAUAUGCUCCUGUCGUGCCUCAGCUAAUGCCUUUUGUCCCUCAGACUGGUUAAUUUGAAUGGGCAUAAUCCUGUACUGUCCUGAUUCCAUGGCUUCUGUUCCCAGAGCCAGAACCAGUAGGUCAAAAGACUCAACCAACCAGUGGAGGCACUGGAGACCAAAGCUUUUACUGUUCAGACUCUUUGGACAGCCUCUAGCACUUAACCUUCUGAAACUUCCAGCGUCCUGAUGCAUUUAGCAAACCUGUGCCCCACUGGCUUUCCUCCCGGCUUUGUAUAAUAUGUUCAGCAACUGAUGCACUGACCAUCUCCAGCCCUCUGAAAAUGUAAGAGGGUUGGCUAUACCACUGCAAUGGUUUCCCCUCCUAGAGUCAGCUAGCUUGGACAUCUUGUGAGAGACAGAAAAUGCAGAUUUAAAAUGAAAAAGAUGCAGAGUGGGCACUGUCUCAAAUAUCGGGGAACUGGUUAAUUGUUAUAGGUCUCUUCUUGUACCUUGCAUUUAAAGUUUAAUUUUGACUAGCAAGAUAAAAUGGGAAAAAGAAAAAAAGCAGAAAGAAAAUGAGUGAUAGAAGGUUUGGGAUUCCAGCUUCUGUUCAAGUGAGUUUUAGAAAUAGAAGAAGCAAAGUACAACAGCUUCACCAGCAAAGGCUGAAGUAGCUCAGCUCAGGUGCUUGGUAGCCAGAUGCGGAGUGCUUUGUGCAGUAGUAAGACAAUAUGCCUUAAGUCCAAGAGAAUCUGGUUGGAAAAGAUUAUGAUAAAAAACAGGAGGAUGGCACCUUUUUAUGGUGGCUAGAGGGAAAGUGUGUCCUAUGAACCGUUGUAGAUGAUGUCCUGCAUAGCUAUCAGCUUUUAGGAGGCCAGAACAGGACGAGUCAGGAAUCUGAGGAUUACAGGAAAAAUUCCACUGGGGAACAAUGCAUUUAAAAUUUGUGUUUUCAGUGCUGUGCAUAGGCCCCUGUGCAUGCAGGCUACGGCACAUCAUAAUCCUCUCUGCUACCUCUGGCAUGGCCCCAUGACAGCAUGGCAGGGCCACGUCAAUAGCAUGACUGCCACAUGUGGAAACGUGCAUUGAAAGACCUAACACAUGGACAUUUCAGGUACUACUAAUCAUGUUGCAACUCAUCUACAUAGACCUAUUGCUUUCAUGAAGGUUUAUCUCUUAUCUCUGUAUCUUCUCCUUAAGUAUCACUAACAUUAGAACAUUAGUCACACUAGACUGCACUGUAGACAUGAAUAUUAAUAAAUACUCAAUAUUUAUGUUACAGAUUCUGAAACUAUUUAAGUGAUUAUUGAAUCACUGUUUCAUGCUCAGAAAAAAACUCUUUGAGGCUUUGCUAGGUUUGAUUGUUGUUUUUUUUUACUUUUAAUAUCUUAAGGGUAUGACACUUAAAUACUCUUCCCCCAGCUAUAAAUGAGAGAAAGCAGCUCUGCCAGUGUUUAUCUAGUCCAAGUAGAUUACAGCUGAAGCAGGUUAUUGAUGCUCUUGCCUUAAGGAUAUGGAGGCUGGAGCUCUCACUCCUCAGCCUCUCACUUCCAGCUUUCCUCUGGGGCUGGGAUCUCUGCAGCUGUAGGGCAGAAAAGCUCAGAGUCCUGGAGCUGGUUAUCAAGAGUACCCCGAGGAGGUGGUCCAGCGGUUGUUAGAGCCAGCUGGCUGGUGUCAGGUUCUGGCCAGGUCUGUUUUCCAAAGAGGUGCUGCUGCAGAAUGAGUAACCCAGCCUGGCUUAUCUCCACUAGAUACUGUGGUUAGCAACUUUGAAUUUUGUAAAGCACCAGAGCAUGUAAAAUCAUUCAUGUAGAUACUAGCAUUACCAAAUGAUAACAUGUAACUACAUGUGUAAUGACACAUGUAAUUACACAAAUUAAUUAAUUAAUUUAAUUAGGCAUUUGGCCUACCACCAGUUUCCAAGCAGUGGAAAUGAGGAAGAGUGUUUCUUAAACACAAGGUCCAGCCCCAUCCUAUAUGACAUCAGUCCGAAGAAAUUCCAGGCCGAACCCCAUCCCAGAUGGCUUUAGGAGGGAGCACUUGGGUCUCACCCUUUGCCACAACUGUGUCUGACACAACAUUCCAUGUAAAGAGGAAAUUUGUAAUUUUAUAAAUGUAUUUUUAUACUGGUUUUUUAUGUAUGCACAGGAAAUAGGCAAACAUGUUCCUCCUUCCACUGUAUCAAGCUUUUUCCUGUGUGCUGACAUAAUGGCUAUGAUCACAGUUAUGCUGUUUGUCUCACAGGUGUAGUGUCACUGUAAGGUAACAUUUGUUGGUUUUGCUUCUACCACAGCUGUAUCUCCAAAUGUAAGCAAUGCCACUCAGUCAAGCCAACGUGUUUCUUUCUAGUUGUACUAAUAAAAAUUUACAAUCGUUUUCAAAAUAA